CGGGGAAUGGGGAAAAAGUUGCAUGGCGCCGAAAUCUUUCCAAUGCGACCAGCGGCGCCCAGCUCGACAAUAAAUACUGCAAGCUCGUUCCAUUCUUCGACAAUGUUGUUGUCUCGCCGAGCCUGCUACAAGUGUGGCAACAUUGGCCACUUUGCUGAGGUCUGCACUUCGUCUGAGCGUCUUUGCUACAACUGCAAGCAGCCCGGUACGUCUUAUGCGAUGCAUGUCACAUACACACCAUGAACAUAUCUAACCCGCUCACAGGACAUGAGUCCAGCAGCUGCCCGCUUCCCCGUACCACCGAGUCCAAGCAGUGCUACAACUGCCAGGGGGUAGGCCACGUUCAGGCUGAUUGCCCCACGCUUCGCCUUAACAAUGCCAACGGCCGCUGCUACAACUGCGGCCAGCCCGGCCAUAUCGCUGUAUGUCGACGGUCCACCUGAACACAAUCGCUACAAAAAUAAACUCAUUGAUCAUUUCCUAGCGCAACUGUACCGCUCCUGCUACGAGUGCUCCUCGGGCCCCUGCUGGCCCCCGGGGUGCCUUCAACCCCGGCUUCCGUGGUCGU